AUGUCUAGAGUGCCAGGAACUGCAGCUGCUGUUGUAAAGAACUGCUAUGUUGAUGAAUGUAAGGUUGAGCCUGAGCUGUGUAAAGGAGGAACGUGCAUCAACACUGUGGGCUCGUGUCAGUGCCAGUGUCCUGCGGGUUUCCAGCAGCACAGGAGUUCGCUGAUGUCUGAGGAGCAGCACACAGGCGUGUGUUUUGCGUCGGUUGUGAAUGGAAAUCAGCGCACGCUUGCUUCAGUAAAGUCCAGUGCUGCUGUGAGCGUGGACGCUGCUGAAGUCAAAGCACACCUCAUGAAAUGUGUCCCAUACCAGGAUCAGUUGACCAAACCAAGAUUUACUGGCUCUCACAUUGCUGGAGCAAAGCCAGAUCUUAGUGUGGCCAGGAGACCUUCUCAGGUUGAAGAGCAGCCCAGCGCAGCAGUGUCUAGUGCCUCUAUACCAAGCACCAGUACACCAGAUGCUCAAGUUCCAGCCGCUGUCCCCAGAGCCACUGCAGAUGUGUCCAGUCCCGCUCAGCCAUGCAGUAUUGUCUCCACAGCUCAUUCUGGGGCAUUAUUGCAAGGUCCAUCUGUAGUUCCGCUUCCUCGUUUGUGGUCGGAGACCUUGCCACCAGAGGAUCACAAGUGGAUUGGCAAAAGGCUUUUCAAAAUGGGAUCCAAGGGAAAGCCAGGGCUUCGUGAUAACCUCCAGCUCUGGUAUUACCCACCACAGCCAGCACUUAUUUACAAUCAGGCUCCAGCUCCAGACAGAUUCUUUUGUCAUUCUUUUCUGCUGUGGAUGCCGUACAAGCUGUGGAGGGUUAAGGUUCUCUGUCCCAAUCCUGCCUGUGGACAACAUCAGCUGACAAGGUCACGGCAGGUUCUAGACAUUGACAGAACGUACAACAUGGUCACAGAAACCCUCAUCUGUACCAAGUGUAGAGCCUCGCAUGUGUCCUGGAGUCAGACUGUCCUGCAGCAGCUAGAUCUGGGCCAUCGCUCUGAGUUUCAGGUCAUCCUCACGCGGAAGUACGCCUGUGAUAUGCGGGUCAUCCGGCUCUUGUCAUAA